AUGUCUUCGUCCGAUAUCGUCCAAGAUUUCCCCUUGGAUCUCUACAAUAUCACCACUGCAAGUCCUCUACUAGACGAUCUUACCUCCCCUGCUUCAUCUAUGAUGGCCUCCCCAGAAACAUUCAUGGACGACUAUUCGUACAUGGCAAAUUAUCCUUCGGGGGCUGCGCCUCCGGGCACAGUUUCGCCCAAGGAUUUGACGCUCUCCGGGCCUCCUUCAACCUCGUUCUCUACGGAUCUCGGUACUCCUCAAUCAUACUACGAAUCUCCAGACGGCAUAUCUUUUAGCCAUGACAUCUCUCCAGCUUUCGCAAACAUGGACGGUGAGCUUCCGGCCUCCGCGGAGCACUGGUUGCCUCUCGUGUCCUCGGAUAUCUAUCCUACCGGAGAAGAUCUCGAUGCGACAAUGGUCACAAUGUCCAUGAACGAUCUGUCAAAAUCGAAGGCACGUCCGGUUGAAAUGGUUCGCUCCGUGUCUUCCCCAGCUCCGUCCCCUGGCAAGUCUGCCAAGAAGCUUGUGCAAAGUGCUGGAGUCAAUGCUCGCCGACAGUCCAAAGCCCUUCCGAAAAUCGUAUAUGACCCGGCCGAUCCUGCCGCAGCGAAGCGCGCUCGCAAUACUGAGGCUGCUCGUAAGUCGCGUAUGCGCAAGGUAGAGAAGCAACAACACUUGGAGGAGAAGGUAGAAGAGUUAGAAGAUGAAAUCAGUCAACUAAAGGAUCAAAUACAAUUCUGGGCGAAGUUUGCACCGGCAGGUGUAUCAUAUAGCCCAGAAGUGCAAUCCGAACAGCAGUGA